UGCGCAAGCGGCGCAGUCAGUCGACGAACCGCGCGGCAACCGCCCGCCUCGGGAGUGCAGUGUGUGACCGCCCUAACAUUACAUACAUCGGACUGUUGAGAUCACAGUGACGCUCGAAAAUUCAGUUCCCGAUCCCGUCUCUCUUGCUAUCCGACCCCGGCUCUCUUUGUGCGCUGUUGAAGGCAUCCCAGUGUUUGACAGUUGCCGAAAUAGUUCUCCAGUUUGACAAUCGGACGGUUGCAAGUGGACCAUUAUAAUAAUGUUUCGGAUUUGACAAUACACGAACACCGCUCUAUUUCUUGCUACAGAAUUGCUCGGUAAUACAUCAAUUUUGGUGGUGGCUAUGACGUUGAAGAUCAUAUAGCGCGCCAGGGUGGCGGCCUCCAAGUAUGGCGGUGGUGGGCUGUCGCUCGGCUCCGGCGUGUCGGUGAGGCGCGGCAUGAAGUGCGCGGGCGUCGCGGGCGCCGGCGACGAGCUCAUGCUCGGCUCCUGCUGGCUGGACCCCAAGGACGCGGCCUCGCCCCCGCCCACCUGCCACGAGCUCCUCGACUCCCUCCUCGCGCCGCCCCCCCUCGCGGAACUCAAACCCCUCCCCCCCUUCACCGGCUACACCGGACACCUCUCCAUCAACGGCAUCUCCGGACACCACUUCCACGCUAUCGCGCAACGCCUGCCCGAAGAAAACAACAACUACCCCACCCAGAGCGGCUACGGCGACCAUGACGUCGUCAGCUCCUCCACCUGCGCCGCCGACGCGGAACCACCAGAUUUGGAAGACGUCAAACCUUUCUUAGAAACUGACACGAAACCCUUCGCGGAGACCACGUCGGCCGCCGACUCCUGCGCCGCGUCGUGCUCGCCCCCCGCUAAGCUAUUCGAGGAAGGUCCUAAACAGGAGAUGUACGACAUCAGCUCGAUAGAAGACAUCGCGGCCAUCAUCGGCUCCGCCAUCGCAGACACCACCGUCCCCUCCCAGCCCGAGGACCCCGAGCGGAACGACUCGCGCGACAGCUGGAUGGACAUCGACGCGUGGAUCGCCGGCGCCUGCAAUCAGCACGGCGACAAAAUCGUGCCGCACGAUCUCAACGAAUUCGUCUUGCCGACGUCGCCCCCGCCACAGUCGCAGAGCCAUCACGGCCUCGAAUUCUCUUGCAAAUCGGGGCAGGACUUUGUUAAAAGCCAAGAGUUUCUACAGAAGAAUCUGAAUCAGGCGGGCUCGACGCUCCAGUCGCUGCUUACACACGGUUACAUGCCUUUGCUACAAAAUCGGUUACAGAAUGGGCCACCUGUCAAGCAAGAGGCUCCGAGCUCGACCAGCUACGGAAUGGACGUUAUAUCGACAUCGUCGCCACCCGGCAAUGCGGUGUCGACAACAGACGGGGUGGGUGGCAUUUUGAACGGGCGGUAUGCCUCUCAUUACGCACUCGGCUUGAAACCAGAAGGGUUGUGCAGUCCAGAAAGGUUACUAGGCUAUCCGCACGCGCACACUACCACCGUGACUCCUGUGAGUAAAAGUAAAAGGAGAGGAGUGAAGACGAAACAAACAAGCAACGGGGGAAGUAUUCACGGUAGCUCGCUGUCGUUCCCGUCGGCGACGGCCGCGGAGCUCAGCGGGCUGCUGGGCAAGGAGAAGCCCGUGCACCGCUGCGGUAUUUGCAAUAGGGGAUUCCUGAACAAGUCCAACAUCAAGGUGCACCUGCGGACGCACACGGGCGAGAAGCCGUUCCGCUGCGACGUGUGCGCGAAGGCGUUCCGGCAGAAGGCGCACCUCAUCAAGCACCAGCAGAUCCACAAGAGGAUCGGCAGGGACUAGAGGACCAGGCUCCUCACCAGCUCAAACGAAGCAUUUCUAUAGGUUUAGUUGUGUGUGUGAACGUUGUCGCUGAGAAGCAUCUCACUGUGUAGAAUCUCAUGUAGGAUACGUGUGUCGUGUUUGUUUCAUUGUCUUCUAACUUAGUUAAGAGCGAUGUUCAGAUAUUAUUAUUUUUAAUAACCCUUAGUAUAACAUUCCUAAGGACAAGUGCAAUGUUAACUAGUUUUAAGUAUCUUCAGACUUAUUUUGAUGUAGAUAAUUGUUUACAAAAUGUUGUUGUGUGAUGGAUGCGGGCGAUUGUGACUAGAGUAUUUCAUUCCGUUUUAUUAUUAUUGUAUAGAUUAAU